AUGCCUUCACUUGGUAAAUUCAAAAUAGGAAUUGCGUCAACCAAACACGAAGACUUCACCCUCUUUGAACCAGUGAAAAACAACGGCCGAUUGGAUGUAGCAACUAUAAGAGGCAGAUUUGAUCUCGGCUUACACAUGUUACGGAAUGAAGACUUACAUAUCGUUGAAGAUUCUAGAAAUAGCUUGGCUUGGCUAAUUUCAGAAUCAUAUACAGGCAAAAAAAGGGUCUUUCCUUCAAAACAAUUAGCAGAUGCAUUCCGUAAAGAGGAUACAACCUCUGUUGGCAGUACUGGAUCAGUUACAUAUGAAUUUUCACGUGUAAUCUUUUGCCGAUUGGUAAAAAUAGAAGUAGG